AAAUCAUAUAAAUAUUAUAAAUCAGAUUUAUAAUAUUUAAAUUUUAUAAGAUUUAUUAAAUCUUAAAGAAACCUUUGUCACAAAAAUAUUUGUGAGAAUGAAUCCACAUUUUAUCAAAUUUGUGACUUUGUAUUUUAUUCUAUCAAAAGCAUUAAGUUCAUCAAUUAUCACAUCAGAGGAAAAUAAUGAUGAAUUGAAUAAUAUUAAGGAAGGAUGUGCUUUCUGUCCCUAUACGAUUCGACCUGGGUUUAGGUACUAUUUUCACACUAAAUGUUGCGAUGGAAGAAUAUGUGAUCUUUGUUACGAACUUCUAAAAAAGCAUAAACUUUCAAGAUCAUGUAAAAAUUGUAAAAAAAAAGGAAUUGUUUCAGUAUAUAAAGAACCUGUAGAAGUUCCAUGUGUAAUUUGCAAUGAAAAUAAACCAAACCGCAAUAUUUCUUCAAAAUGCCUUCAUUAUUAUUGUAAAAAAUGUACAAGAGAAAAAAUCUUAGCUAACGAAUGGUGUACACUAUGUGCGGAAUAUUUGGAUACUUCAAUUUUGAUAAGUUGCUUAAAUUAAUAAGUUUUAUUUCAUUAAUGUAAAUUUGCUUAUUAAUUCUAAAAAUGUGUCUUAAAUGUUUUGAAAAUAUAUUUCUAAAAUAUUAUCUUAAUAUGAUUUUGAUAAUUCAUAAAACAAUGCAUUACUGUAAAUUUUUUUUUUUGUACAUACUAAAAAUCUUUAAAAUAAAUAUCCAAGUUAAA